GUUUGUCAGAACGCUUUCUGGAGGCGGAGUGAUCCGUUGGUCAGUACAGCGGUCCUGACGGGGAAUCCGUACCGGAGUCCUCGGCCAUCAGGGACCACUGAAGAAGCUGAUUUCUGUUUUCAAAGGAUGGAGAACAUCAGGGACAAUGAGGUGUGUUCUACAGGCACUGUCAACAAUGACAAAUAUUCUCCUGAAAGUGAAGCAGGAGAGGAACCAACAGCACUCACUCGGUCUCGUUUGUAUCUGGCGGGUUUGGGGAUUUUUGGUGCCCUGGUAGCUGGAACAGUCAUCUACAUGAGUGUAAAGAUGGCCGUCCAAAGGGAAAAUAUCAAUGAUCUUACAACAGAAAGAAAUAUACUGAUUAAGGAAAGAAAGCUGGUGAAGAACCAAGAGCUGAGACAAGACAAUGACAACGGGUGUUACACGUGCCUGGAUGACUGGAUUCUCUUCAGACAAAAAUGCUACAUGUUUUACGACGAACCAGCUCCUUGGAAGACCUGGGAACAAAGUCGAAGGUUCUGUCAGACGAAUAGUUCAGAUUUGGUUGUAAUUGGUGAUCUGGAGGAGCAGGAAUUUGUCAGUAAACACAUCAAGUACUACCAUAAUGAACACCACGGAUACUGGAUAGGACUACAACAUGUUAACAACACCUGGACCUGGGUUGAUGGACGUGUAAACACUCUUGGGUUCUGGGCGAAGGACUUGCCCAAUACUCCAGGAUCAAAAGUAUUCGUGCUCCCAGAAAGAAAUCCCACCAACAGCUGGAAACAAGGAGUGACUGGGUUUCUGAACAAAUUCAUCUGUGAGAGUGACGCUCUCAAACAUCCACCGUACUAACUGUUCUCUUAAAGUUUCAUCCAGGAAUACUUAA